AAGUACACGACUUUAAUCUCGGGAGUGAAAUCGGACACAGCUUGGAAAUAUGGCGAAUGAAGGGGAGGGACAACUGUCAAAUGACAAUGUAAUUAAGAAUGAAUGCGACCUCGUCGAACAACUAGAUCUUCAGCUCGAGGAGCUUGAUGAUGAAGAGUUCCAGUUGCCUCCAGUUGAUGAGCUACCAACAUUAGAAAGCAUCCUGAAUGAAAAUGACCCUGGAUCCAUAUCUGAUGAAGAUACCAAUGCCCCGCAACCUUCUCAGCUGAAGGCAUCGUUCUCACAGGAUGGGGGAGAUACGCUUUCUCUCCACUCCCGCGGAAGUUCCGAUUCCAAAAGCCGUAACUCGUCGGACAAGCACAGUUCGGGAAGCAGAACCAGAAAGGAACCCCAGAGCAAAACCCAUGGAUCCAUUUUACGUCACGUGAUACUGAAGGGGGUUGCAGCUCAACUGGUGUCAGCCUAUGAUCGUGUUGGCGCUGGAUUGCCAACUACCAUGGCUGUUGGUAAUGUGAUUUGUAUAGGUACUAGCCAUGGUCUGAUCCUAGUCUUUGAGCCAACGCAAGCUCUCAAGUAUUGCUUAGGGUCUACACAGCUUGGGGAACAGUAUGGGUCCGUGUCCGCACUGGCCCUUAAUAAUGACUGCACUCGACUUUUAGCUGGAUUUGCCAAAGGUCAGAUAUGUUUGUUUGACCUGACUUCCAGUAAACUUCUGCAGACAAUCUCCGAUGCACAUACUCCAUUUACUGCAGUUCUGCAUUUGAAGUGGACAGAUUAUCCAGGUAUGGCUGUGAUCAGCGACAGUGGAGGAUCAGUUUUUGAGCUGUCAAUCAAGAGGACGAUGGGUCUGAAUUCGAAUGAGAGCCGAUGUAUAUUCAGCGGGAGUCGAGGGGAGGUCUGCACUGUGGAACCCUUGCUGAUGUCCCAGUUUCGUGCCAAUCCGGGCACUGAAACUGUUAUUCUUGCAAUGGCAACUAUUUCCAAGGUUAUUGUCGUUUCGCUACGGCCUCAAUUAAAGGUGUUGUUUUCGUACCCGUUGAAGGCUUCUGUUUCGACGUUACCCCUGCUUGCUUGGCAGUUUGUGGUCAUUCAAAUGCCAGAUGGAGUGAGGGUGGUUGACCCAGUAUUAGCGUUUGGCAGAGAGAAAAGUGUCUACUUCUAUCAACUGACUCACGGAAGUCAGGAGGAGCUACGGUUUUUGCCCCUCCAGAAGAUGGUGCUUUCGUACAUAAUCCAGGCAAUGGCGUGGCUUAACUCCAGGACACUGGCUGUGAUGGACACGCGAGAGCAACUGCACAUAGUUGACGUGAAGUCUCAAGAGGAGUUGGAGAUGGUCGACCUUGCGCAUCUGGGCUUGGUUUAUGCUUCCCCACACUUUAAAGCCAUAGCUACUGGGAGCAAUGUUAGUAAGGCAAUGGCCCUUUCUGGUGAAAGGGCUUGUUAUCAUUCCAUGGUGAGCUUUGGAUCUCAGGUUCUUCUCCUUGGUACUAAGUCAUUUCAGGUUGUCACUGUGCGGUCAUGGAUAGACCGUUUGGACCAUCUUGUACGAAGUGGACACAUGAGAGAGGCACUCCAGUUGUCCUUAGAUAUAUAUCAAGAUAAAGCACAAGCGGUUGUUGGACUGAAACAAAAGAAGGAAAAACGACAGCAGUUAGUACAAGAAAAGAUCUGCGAGUUACUCAACCAGUACCUUGAUCAUGGGAUGGAGAAUCUCCCCGACAGAAGCAACCUUGUGUCAAUUACUCAGUAUUACUCUUUGAUGGUCCCACUGUGCGUUAAAGUUGCUGUUGGAUCGAACCUCACUGACCUGCUCUUUGGUCGCAUCUGGGAUACAUUCUCAGAGGAUGCCAUCUCCAAAGGUAUUUUUCUAGAGGCUUUGGAACCCUACAUUCUGAGUGAUCAGUUGGCAGACAUAUCUCCAGUGAUUUCACAGUGUCUGUUGUCACAUCAAGAGACCAGUGGCAGGCUAGAGGCAGCUGAAGCAUGCAUAGUUCACUUGGAAGUCACCUCUCUUGAUCUGCAUCAGGCGUUGAAGCUGUGCUGGACUCAUGGGUUGUAUGAUGCCAUUUUCUACAUCUACACACGAGGCAUAAAGGACUUCAUAACUCCUCUAGAAGAACUCAGCACCAUGUUGUGUAAUGCUAUGGACAGCGGAGUUGCGCUGACUGACAAUCUCGUUAAGUUAGGAAAUAAGAUUCUAGUGUAUAUUUCUUGUUGUCUGGCUGGACGAGCCUACCCGCGGGGUGAUAUCGAGGAGCCAAUCCUGCAGCAAGUUAAGCACGAAACUUUCAAGUGUUUGACUUCGUUGCACACGAAAAACUCUAAGCCUAAUGAAGAGUGUUACCCAUUUUUAAGGACGUUACUGCGGUUUGAUACUAGAGAAUUUUUGAAUGUGCUUUCGCUAGCUUUCGAAGAAGCAGAGUUCACUUCUGAACUGGGGAUGAUACAGAGGCAGCGUGUUGUGGAUAUUUUGUUGCAGGUCAUGGUGGAAGGCCAGGGUUUUGGUCCAGCUCAGUUGGGGUCCCUCUUCACCUUCAUAGCACGCCAGAUGUCCCGACAACAAGGAGCCAUAGCUAUCAACAGACAGCUCUUUGAUCAGGUGCUAUCCCAUCUCACAGCCCCGGAUGCUUCCAGUCAUCACGAAGAAAGAGAGACCGCUCUAUUAGAACUGCUUCAGGAAGGAGGCCUUGUUCAUUACGAUAGAGAUCAUCUUCUCGACAAGGCUUGGAAAGCAGAGUUUUACCGAGUGUGUGAAUAUGUAUAUGAGGUCCAGGGAAGACACGAGAAGAUCAUCGAAUGUUACAUCUAUGACAAGAUGAGGAAGCAGCAGGUCUUCACUUACAUACGGUCUGUUCUGACCUCACCGCAGUUUACAGACUUACAUGCUCAGAAGAUUCAACAACAGUUUCUCAACCAUAUCAAGUGUCUACUCGAUAUCGACAGCAGCAGGGUAGCCAGCCUUAUCUUAACCAUGCCUCAAUUGACGCCCUUUCUUGACGAUGUGAUGACCAAACUUCGAGGGGACAACAAGUACAUGUAUGGUGCUCUUCAUGCUUUAUUCACUUACAGGGCAACUCAUGCAUCCCCAGGUGGGAGAGGAGUGGAUUCCAAUGAAAACAUCUUGACUUCAGAGCUACAAGAGGAAUAUAUUGAUCUCAUGUGUGAAGUUAAUCCCACUCAAGUGUAUACGUAUCUCAAAGGUGCUGAGGGCUAUCGAUUGGAGGAGACUUUAGAGAUAUGCAGACGUCAUAACCAGCCAGAAUCCACUGCCUACCUUUUGGAGAAAGCUGGAGAUAUAAAGGGAGCUUUUGAAAUCUUGCUGUCUAUAUUAAGGUCUAAGGUUGAAGAUUUCUUAGCGGCUGUUGAGAAGGAUUCUUCAGGAUCAAGUUCAACUGUACCACUUGGUCAUGUACAAGCACAGGUUGUGAAGUUAGUUCGUGUCUGUCAGCUCGGGUCGAGUCAGCUGGAGGAAGCAAAUCGGCGUGAGUUGUGGUUUCCGCUUCUUGAUGUUUUGUUGUCUACACAGCCGAAAAUAGCGCACCAUCAGACCCUAGCCCAUGAAAUGCGAGGGAUGGUGGGGCAUGUUGUGAAUAGUAUGAUGACCCACAUAGCGCUGCCAGCAAUUCUGGAACGUGUGAUGCACGACCCAGGUUACUGCGGUGGAAACUUUGCUCAGAUUAAGCACUUGCUCAAAGGUAUGGUGGAGAGGUAUGUUUACGAAGAAACACUUUACUCAGGAGUUGUGAAUAUGAUUGCCGAGGACCAACUGAGAUAUCUGACAAUAAAACUCGGUCAGGCUGCCUCUCCCCUUGUCAUAUAUAGUACAACUUGUGCCAUAUGCCAUAGCAUGUAUCAUCCAGCAAGCAAAGCAGUUGCCCACUUCUGUGGUCAUAGCUAUCACUCUCAGUGUGGAGGUGAAGGAUCAUCUUGUGUGUUGUGCACUGGGAGCAGUCAAGAUGGGCAGACAGAAGAGGAGCAAGCAGCGGAGACCUCAGGCACUCAACAGGUUGGCUUAGAUGACACUCAACUGGAAGGUAUUCGUCGCGUAAACUCCAUUAGUUCUGGAGGUUCAAGACUCCAGUUUUUAGAAGAAUUAUCUGCUCCCAAAGGAGUAGGAAGAUCGGGUAGUGAAUCAAUAGGUGCUAGCAUCAAAUCCUUUGGGCAAGGGCCUUCAGGAUCUACUUCCAACAGCCAAGAUAUUUGGUGCUCUCAAGACUUUGCGCUGAAGCUUGCACCACCGACAAUUACUUUUGAAGGUUUUGAAGAGUGAAAGGGUAAGGAGUUGCCUUUAAUGAAACUUCGGAUCCAGCUUACGUAAAUCAUUUGCAGUACGUAAUAUGUAAAUCGUUUGCAGUACGUAACUGUUUUGUGGUCUGUGAUGAUUGCCAAUACAAAAUGUCAUGAUUAGAGGCAGUCAUCGGUUAUCGGUGGGGGUUCCAUUCCUGAGACGGUGCCCAUAAGCAAAAACCGCCAUUAACCGAAACAAGGCGAUUUAUGUUGCCAUAAUGGUGCUUAUGGUGCUAAUAAUCAGUCAUCGGUGCCAUAAGCACCAUUAUGAUGCCAUCAGCCUUAUGGCACUGAUAACCAGAACUCGGCGUAUUAUGGUGACAUAAAUUGCCGAUUUUAGGGGGGGGCUUGACGAGCGCCAUAAAACCAGAUCACUGAUAAACGAGGACUGCCUACAUCAUUAAUUGCAUUGAGGGGGACUUUGGUUAUUUAUCAACACCUUUGGGAAAUUCCUGGGAGAUGUGCUGCAUGCAGUUAUUUAAUGAGUGGUUGCGUUUGUCGAAUAUGUUGUGCAACGUUAGUCAAUUACAGACUCCUUUUGAAAAGUAGAUUUUUUUUUUAAUCAAGUCAAUAAAAACUAUUUACAGAUACUAUCUUGUGAUAAAGCAUUUGUUUUUAUUAUUGACAAGUCCUAAAUAUUUACUGACAUAAUCUUUUGGGAACAAUGGGAUGUUCCUAGAGGGUUCUAUAAUUUUUCUUUAAUUUUCUUGGAUCCUGACUACUAUAAUAGCUUUUAACUUCUGACUCCAUCGGAGCAGCAAGAAAGAAAAUGUUGCUUCUAAGGCUUAUUUGCUGUUAUAUAAAUUCACUAUCUUUGAAUAUUUAAAAUACUAAGCAAACGCUCUAUUCUGUGGUACUUUAAUUUUCUCUUCCAGUGAUAUGAUAUAUCUAAGAUUCAGAUUACUAAUCUAAGAAGUGUGAAUACAUUUCAGCUCUGGUCACAAACUCUCAUAAUAUAUAUAUAUAUAUAUGAUCACAAAACUACUAGUCAUUCCAUAUAAAACAAGAUACAUGAUAUCACACAAGUUAUAAUAUUCUAAUUUUGUAUUGUAAAAAUAUAUUUAAGAUCACUUUCAUAAUUGUAAAGACAUCUCUAUUUUGAUUAUAAAGCCAAAGAAUUUUUAAGACCUAGUAUUAAUCAUAGUUGUGUGCGCAUUGUAUAAAUUUGUAAACGUCUUUUGUUAUUGUUACUCUGUUGUACAGUCAUUAUUUCAAUUAAAACUGUUUUUAAUGA